GUCCGGUCCACCUCAUGCUGCUAUCAGUCACGCCGUUGUGGAGGUAAUCAGAGGGUCAAAUGGUAUGUUUUCCCUGGCGCUCGGUUCUUGUGGUACCGCGGCUUCCCGAUCCGCGUUGCUCGCCGAGCGUAUAGGGGUAGGGGUCAAUCCAUAAGCGUCUGGACGCGGGUCAUCAAACCCAGGCCGGACGGAUCCAGCGCGCUUCGGCUCGGAAAGGAAGCCGGGGCGGUUGGUUGGACGUAAUCCGGGUUCUAGGUGCUGCUUAGGUUGGGAGCUUCGGCGGUUUGGCGGCGGUUGGAAGUUAUCUCAUUGUAUUCAGCAUUUUGCUUCAUCGCAUAUGCGGCCGGGGGGUUUUGUCAGACGGAAAGGGAAACGUCCUUAUAAUCUCGCAGUCCUAGCUACCCAUAGUAUCCUUCUGGUUGUCUUGGCUUAUCAUAUUUUCAGGUGCCCUGUUGUCUGUUUGGUUCAGGGCGAGAGACACGGAAGAGAGGGAAGACCUCACCAUGUAUUCUACGGUUUUUUAUUUUCUCUUAUAACUGGUUCGCAUUCAUGGGACUUGUCCAAGGCGCGUGCCCCUGCGAGUUAUGGUGGUGCGGAGGACAUCGGUGCUGACUGCGACGGCUGUUGAGUUAGAGCUUGUAUGUAAUAUAUGAUAACUAUAUCUUUUG